AGAGACAAAAAUCACACUGAAUUUUUAUUACAAUACAAUGCUGGAAUGCAUCUCCUUCAAAUCGUUUACUCCUUCAAUCACCAACCUUCCUCAUCAUCCUCCUUCUGCACCCCUUUCCCAAGAAAACUCGACGGAACAAAACACUCCCGCAACAAGCACACGUUCUUCCCCUGCUCCAAAUGUCUCUCGCGAAUACGAUCUCGCCGUGCAAGCCCACUCCUACAAUGAAAUUCGCUCCAUGGUCCAAGCCCCUCCACAGGUAGAACACAUCGAGGAAAACGAGAACGAUGAAGACUCUCACCACCGCCACGUCCUCUCUCAGGUUCUCCAACCCGAUCCGCAAAGCGUCCGUGAAACACUCGCCAAUGCUAAACCUAACAGCACCCUCACGCGCCUCGUUUCCACUUACUUCGACCACAGCGAAACCACCUCCGACCUCUGCCUCCUCCUCUGCCGCAGCGUCCACCGCGCCCGCCACAUCUACUCCCCUCUCUCGGAUCUCCUCUCCGUCCUCCCCGCAGACCUCUCUCAAUCGCACUGCGACCGCGUGUAUGAUAUCUUCCUCCAAUUCGACAGUGAAGAAAACCCUUUCUUCUUUCCACAUUCCCAUAGUUUCACCAACUUGCGUCGCAGCUUCUCUGAACUCAAGCUCAGUGUCGAUCUCAAUCGCCAGAAGUGUCACUCCAGAAUUCGGUUCCUUAGCCACGCCACCGCCGGUUGCGCGGUUUGCGUCGUUAUAACCGCCGUCGGAGCUGUCGUUUCCGCCGCGGUUGUUGCCACCCAUGCCGCGGCUGGGUUCGCCGCCGUGGCUGCUGCACCCUUUUGCAAUGCGUCGUGCAUUCCUCGUCCCAAGCAAAGUGAAAGGAAGGAAAUUGCUAGGUUGAAGCAGCUUGAUGCUGCUGCUAAUGCUAUUUUUGUGGUGAAUGAUCUUGACACCAUUGAUAGCCUCAUUGAUCGGCUUCAAACGCAGUUUGAAGGCGAUAAGGCUCAGGUUCGGUUUGCAUUGCAGAGGGGUAGGGAUAGGCACCCCUUACAGGAAGUGCUGAAGCAACUCCGCAAGAGCCAACCAGUUUUUGAACAGCUGCUUAAUGAUCUUGAGCAACAUAUAUACCUCUGUUUUUAUGCUAUUAACAAGGCCAGAUAUGCACUCCUCAAAGAGAUAUCCCUUCAUCAAACUUUGUAGUUAGUUUCUAUCAAACUCUGCCCUUUUUUUAUGACAUAUUCACUUAAGCAUGUGCAACUGACCAACAAUUAAGGAUUUAGGCUCUGUUUAUAAUUUGUGACACUGUAUGUUUUACAGAACCCCUUAUGUAUUCACCAUUGGGUUCAUUCUCUACCUGCCAGCAUUUUACUUGCCAUCAAAUUUUAGAUCUUAAAUAAGAAGGAUUUUUGGUAUAGGGUCAAUAUUUUACUAAGAGAU